AUGCUAGUAAAUUCAGUAGCUUAUCUAAAAAAAAAAACAAAUAAAUUAAUUCAAGGUUAGAUUGGAGUCUUAUUUUAAAAUUAUUAUGGAAAUGUGUUUACUUUCACAAAGAGUUAUUAAAAUUUAAAAUUGCAAAAUUUAGGCAAUCAGAAUAAGUUUGCUAUUUAAAUUACUGAGAUGGAAGCAACUGAUGAAAUAGUAUACUUGUAUGAUUAUGUCGAAUUAAAAUUAACAAAAACUAUAAUUAAAAGUUAUUUUGUUAGCUACAUUACUUAUCUAUAAUUGUAUUCAGUUUAAUAUAAAGCUAUUAGCAAUAAGAAAUUAAAUUUACAAUUCCUAAAUUAGAGAGGAAAACUAUUAAACAAUGUGAUUCUAGAAUCAAUAAAUGAUUUAUCUAAAAUUCAAGUUGUGACAUCGUUAUCCUAUAUUUAUCUAUUGUAUGCUGAAUCAUCUCAAUAAUCAAUAAUAAAUAUAAAUGUUAAAUAAUACGAUCUCAAUGGAACAUAAAUAGCUGAAACUCAAAUAAGUUCAAAUGAACAAUCUAUUGAUUUUUUAAGUGGAAAUAAUUAAUAAAAUGAAUUCCUCUAUAUAACUUGGAGUACUCAAAAAUAUAGCAAAUCAUACAAAUUAAGAUUGAAUUAAAAAUUAUAAGCUAUCCCAUUUGAUGAAGAAAUCUGUGUUUCUCAUUGUGGAGAUUGUUCCAAUAAUAAUAAUGAAAUUAUGUGUACUUAAUGCUUAGAUGGUUAUAUAUAUAAUGAACAAAAAUUAAAAUGCUCCCCCAUUUGCUUAGAUAACUGUUAAAAAUGCACAUAACCAUAUACAUGCGAUUACUGUAACAAUGAUUUUAAGUUCGUUGACAAUAAAUGCUUAAAUGUCACUCAGUAUCAAUUGGAAAUUCCAUUUUGCCAAUAAACUUGCAAUGGAAUUGGAUCAAUAUUAAGUUUUAGUGAUAAUUCCAUGAUAACAACCUUUUAUAAAUAUAAGAAUUCAUAACAUAGUUUAGAUUCGAAUAUAUAUUAAUAAGAAUCUAGUGUUAUUACCACUAAAUAAUUGAUUUCUUCAGAAACACCAAUUGCUUAUCAUAGAAUUUAUGAAUACGAAUCUAAAAAGUUUGCACUUAUCUGGUUAAGUGGUAAUUGUAAAGUUUCAUGUAGAAUGAUGCUACAAUUAUUCCAAAGCAGUUUUAUUGUUAUAACAAAUCCUAUUGAAUUGAGAUUAAUUAAAGUUCUAAAUAUUGAUGAGUUUGAAAUUCAGAUCAAAAUAUUUAAUUCUAACUUUGUGAUAGUUUGGACUGAAAUUGAUGAGAACUCUCUUUCCUAAACAUACGUUGGAAUUUAUAAUACUGGAAGUGGGUUUCAGAUAAAAUAAAAUAUUAAUGAAAAUUAAGAUGAUAUCUCCAUCAAUCCAUAAUUAUUGAUCUAGACCUCAUCCUAUCAAAUAAUCUAUAUCAAAAAUAAUAAUAUAAUAAACUCAUUAACUAUCGAUAGUACAACUACAAAAUACAAACAACUCUAUUAGAGCACAAACCAGAUUGAAUCCAUUUCUUCAGAUAACAUUGACAGUAGUGGUUUAGCUAUUGGUUGGAUAGAAAGUUAAAUUAACUUAUUAGGAAUACGGAGUUAUUAUGCCUAUAUAUAAUAUUUUGAUAGAUAGUUAAAUCAAUAAGCAACUAAGAGAAUAGCUAUAAACUCAUACAUCACAAUUAAGAGUUUGUAUCUUAAUUACAUCCCUACUUAACAUAUAUAAUUAACAUACAUAUAAAUCGAAAAGGGAGAGCAAUAAAGAAUACGAGUAUCUUUUGCUUCCUUGUCCUUCCUAAAAUAUGGAUCAUCUUAAGAAAUGUUGACAUCUCCAUUAAAUAUCUUAAGUUAGUAUUAAUCAAAUACAAAAUUAUUAACCUAUGUAGAUCCAAGAAAUUAUUAAUCAUAUGUUGUAUUCUAAGGAGUAAUGAAUAAUGUCAAUUAUAUAUUCUUUAUUCAAAGUAAAGGAACAUACUUAUAUCAAGAUAAUUGCGAAACAAAUUGCUUCUAUUGUAAUAAUAAGAAUCUAUGUGUAAUUUGCAAAUAAGGAUUUACAUUACAAAAUAAUAAAUGUGCAUUGAAAUUACCAGAUUAUUGUACAAAUGGUAAUUAUGGUCGAUGCUCUUAAUGUGCUGUUGGAUACUCUGUCACAUCAGAUUAUAAAUGUUAGAUUAGUGAUUCAAAAUAUAAAGAAAUUAAAAUGAGCGUCUAUCCAGCUUAAAGUAGAUAGAGAAUUUCUACAUUAUCUAAUGGAGAUUAUGUUAUUGUAUGGUCAACACAAUUUUAUCAGAAUGAAGGAACUGGGAAUUUACAUGGUGUGUUAUUAAAAGAACAAAUGAGAAUAUCUGAAUCAUCAGCAGGAAUUCAAUAAUAUCCUGAUGUUUAAGUGAUGAGCAAUGAUUAGAUAGUUGUUGUUUGGAUAGAUGGCAAUAUAUUAGUAAAUGCUAAUAUCAAGAUGUUAAGAUUUGAUAAAGAUUUCUUAAGAAUUGGUAGUGAAACUAUCGUAUAAACAGAUAUACAUCUUUAUUAUGCUUAAUCAUAUGAUACUCCAGUAAUCAUUUAAUCAAUUAUUAAUGGGUUUGUUAUAGUUUGGGCAGAAUAAGGAAAUCAGAAAUAAAUAUCAUUGAUAGCUAAAUUCUUUGACAAUGAUAAUAAUGUACUUAAUACUUAAAUUGUCACUGAAAAUGAAUAAAUAAUAAAUGAACCUGUUGUUGCAUCAACUUAAUCUAUUAUUGUGAUAUCUUGGUAAACAAAUAAAGGUGUUUUUGCUAGUUCAUAUAGUGUAAAUCAAGUGUUGAUAGAUAAAGUAUAAUUAUCAACAACAGGAGAAUCUCCUGCAAUAGUUUCUAUAGAUAACUCCAUAAUUAUAGCUUGGAAAGAAUAUGUCAUUGAUGAGAAUGAUUUUAUGAGUUAGAAAAUAAGAUUCAGAUAAGUCUCAGCAGAUUUAAAUCAAUAUCAAGUUUAGAGUCAUUUUGGAGUUUCAUAAGAAAAUCUAGAUAAUCCUGAUGUAAUAUCAAUUGAAAAUGGAUUUGCUAUUAUUGCUGAAAGUGUUUCUGUAUUAGAUGAUAAAGUCAGAACUAUAUAAAUGUAAUUGUUUAAUUUAGAUGGUUCAACAAAAUCUCAACCAGUUAUUAUUUAUUCUGUUUCUAACUUAUACCCACAUCAUCCCUAAUUAGCAAGUUAACCAUAAGGUAAUUUCAUAGCUUCAUGGACAGUCAGUAGUUUAAUCUCGUAAAUUUUAAGUGAUGAUGUCUAUAUGAAAAGAUAUAAGAACGAUGGCACUUAAUUAGCAUUAAAUACAAUCAUUUGCUAAAACAAUUGCUAGACUUGUUCAACUAGUAAUAUUUGCUAAAGUUGUAAAUAAAAUUAUAUUCUAUUAUCUAAUUCGUGUUAUCUAAAAAUUAAUAAUUGUGAAGCACAUUCAAUUGAAAAUUAAACUCUAACUUGUAGUUAAUGUUCAAAUGGUUUUGAAUUGAUCAAAAAUAAUUGUUAAUCAAUUCUUCAUAUUCCUAAUGAAUAGAUCAUAGAAUUUGUAAAUGAUAAAGCUUUUUUAAAUAUUUUCAAAGUAUUAACUUUUUCAAAUGGUGAUGUUUUAUACUUUUGGAUGGGAGAAUAUAAAAUAAUAACUCAAAGGUUUGAUAAAUUUGGUAAAAGAUAUUCCAAUCCUAAAGUACUAUAAACCACAACUUCCUGUACAGAUUGCAGAUAUUACUUUGAUGUUUUGUCAUUGUACUUAAAGGAGGAUCUAUUUGUAAUUUCCUUUAAGGUUUUCUAAAAUUAGUAUGAUUUUUAGACAACAUAUUUAAAUAUUUUCGAUAUGAAUGAGAAAUGUAUAUCAAAUGCUGCAAUUUCCUCUUAAACAGGAAAUGUUAAUUCUCUAAUAAUUUAAAAGUACUCGGACAACUUAGUUAAAUUAGUGUAAUUGGAAGAUAUGAAAUUAGGAGUGAUUCAAAUGGUGAUGAUAUAGGAUGUUCCAAUUUUAUAAUUGGUUAUUAUUCCAUUAUUUUUGGAUAGCUUAUUCAAAAUUAGUUUCUCACCCACUUAAACAAUUUAAUUACUAACUUAUUCAUAAUUUAAGAACUCUGAAUACUUUGACAUUUAAUUAAUUGAUAAUGAAAUUAAAAUCUUAAAUAAGAAUAAUCUUUAUUAUAGUUAUUUAUUGAGUAGUUUUGACAUCUUAGGGGUGAUGCUAAAUUAAAAUACUGUCAAGAAAUCCCAAAACUAAAUAGAAUUUAAAAUGAUUUCAUUAAAUUCGGACAGCAAUCUAAUUGCUUGGACAACCAUAGAAUCAUCUAAAUAUGAAGUUUUUUUUUAAAUUACAUAAAAAGAUGGAAUUAUCUCAACCAAUCCUUAGAAAAUCUCAACUGGAAGUGAAAUUUAUAAACUAGAUUUAUAACUUAAUGUACUUUCAGAUUCAAUAUUGAUAACUUGGAGGGAAGGUUCAGAGUUUUCAGAUAUGAAUUUGAAUACUGCCUAUAAAGGAGUGCUAAUAUAAAAACAGUUUUAAUUUAUAAUAGGGGAAAAAAUAGAAAUCAAAUAAGAUAACGCUUACACGAAAUCAUUAGGUAGACUUGAAGUGGUUGAAUUACAAAAUCAUGAUAUAUUAAUUAGUAUAAUGUUUUACAACAUUUUGGCAGACACCUAAAUGAUAAUCUCAUAUAAAUUCAAUGAAAAUGGCAGUAGAAUAUAUUUAUCUUAGUUGAGGUGCGGCUAUGCUUGUUAAGAGUGUAAUUAUUAAGGAUUUUGCUUCAAAUGUACAAACCCUGAUUUAUUUAUGUUAUAAGUAGAUGGAAAAUGUAUAAAAAAACCAGAAAAUUGUGUUAAUUUUAAACCUAAUUGUCAGGAUUGUCUUGAUGGUUAUUAUAAAACCUAAUAUCUUACUUGUGAGAAAAUAAAUCAAGAAGUUGAAAAAACCAUUCCUUUGGAUUAUCAAAGCUAUUAUAACUACUACUAUAUCUAUUAGAUUGCUACAUACUCAAAUGGCAACUUUGUGGUUGUGGGUUUUAAAGAGGAUAAAAUUAUUGAGCUAAAUUAUUAUCUUAGUGACGCAACUGUUUAGAUCCAAAAACUAAAAAUCAUAAACCUUAUAGAUAUUUAUAGGAUCAAUGACAUAUCUAUAAUUAUUGAUGAUAAUAACUUACUUACAGUAUUUUAUUCUGUAUUACCCUUGACAUAUUCAGAUAAGAAUAUGUAUUACUAUUAAUAGUUUGAUUAAACAUUUAAUAAACUGACAGAAGCCAUUUUAUUUUAUUCUGGAUUAUAAUAAAAAAAAAUAACAUCUAUUAAAGCCAAGAUUCUGAAUAGUGGAUAAUAUGCAAUAAUAAUUAAGAGUAGAUUUGAUAUCUAUCUUUAAAUAAUGAAAUUAAACUUUGAAUUUGUUGCUGACAUCAAAUUACCUUUUAGUGAUAAUUUCGAUUUCACAUCUAAUGGAGAGUUAAUUGCUUUUGCUUACAUUAAAGAUACAAUUAGCAUUCUUAACAUCUUUGAUAUGUAAUUAAAAUUAGUUCAACAUCAAAUUAUUAAUGAUGGAGGAUUAAUUAAAUUGGCAUCAAAUGUUCCUAAAUAAUUCAUCAUAGUUACUAACAAUUAAAUCAAUAUCUUUGCUUAAGGUUUAAUCAGGCAAUCAUAUAAUAUAACUGGAUCAAGUUUAUAUCCAAUCAACAUAGCCUUAAGCGAUAUAAAUGAAAUUGUCAUCCUUUCGUACUAAAAGAAUUCAAAAUCGUAUCAUUUAUAUUAUUUUUCAAUGUAAGGACUACUUAAAAACUCUGUUUAAGUUAAUAUGAAUAAUUCUGAAAUACCAUUACAAAAUAGUUGGUUAACUAAGCUGUAAAACAAUAAUUUUAUUGUCUUUUUUCACGCAGGAAGCUUACUAUAUAAUUGGAAAUUAAAUUUUGCAAGAUUCGAUUAGUUAGGAUUUUCAAGGUCUGUAAGUGAAAUUAUUUGCCCUGAGGGUUGUGGAUAAUGUGAAACACCUUCUGUAUGUGAUAUUUGCAGUUUUGGAUUCCAAAAAAAUUUUGAGACUUAGCUUUGUGAAAAAGUCUGUUUCUAAUUUUAAUGCAGCAUAUGCAAGUUUAGUGAGUGUGACUAAUGCUAAUAAGGAUUCUAAUUUAAUGAAUUCGGAUAAUGUGAGAUAAUUCAACAAUCUACUGACCCUAAAGAUGCUUAUGAUCCAAAUUAUUAAGAAGAAGUGAAAGAUCCCAAUAGCCCCGCAGAUCCCAUUGAUCCUAUAGACCCGAUUGAUAUCACAGAUCCUACUGAUCCUACUGAUCCAACUGAUCCAACUGAUCCAACAGAUCCUACAGAUCCAACUGAUCCUACUGAUCCUACUGAUCCAACAGACCCUACUGAUCCAACUGAUCCAACAGGUCCAACAGAUCCUACAGACCCUACUGAUCCUAAAAGCCCAAUUAAUAUUGGAACUAUUUAACAUCCGGUUGGAGAUAAAUGUAAUUUAUAAUUGCAAAAUAAACUAAUUAAUUUUGUAGAUAAUAGAUAUGCUAUUAUUUAUAUUUGCAAUGACAUAUUUAGCGCCAGAUUAUUUAAUAAAGAUGGAAUAGAAAUUUAGAGUAUUACCAUAACUAUUGAAAUUGUGUUUAUUUUAGAUACCAUCUUAUUUUAAGAUCAAAUUAUUUUAGCCUUUGUUUUUGUUAACAGACCUAAUAAAUAUCAACUUUUUUAAAUCGAUAAUAGUUUCUAAACUUUAAAUUAUAAAUAAGAGAUAACAUAGGAAUCUAUUAUUCAUAGUAUUUAACUUCAGCCAAUGACUCAAAAUUUUGUAAUUUUAAUCUCUAAUGAUAAAUAAGUUGAAAUUGACUAAACAUUUAUUAAUUGUCAAUCUCAAACAUUAGCCAUUUUUGAUUUUGGUUUUUCACAAACAGCUAAUAAAUUAGAUUUCAACUAUCCUGAUGGAAUUACUUAGAAUACUUGUAAUUAAAACAAAGUAACUGAAAUUAAAAUUGUUGACAAUACCAUAUAUACAUUAUCAAUAAGUUAAACAGGUGGACAAUUAAUAUCUUUAGAUUCUUUUGGAAUUGUUCAAUAGGCAUAUGCAUUAGAUAUUCCUAGCAUUCAAAAAAUUAAAUUUGAGAUUAACAAAGAAACUAUUAUUUUUAUUUAUAAGACAUAUGAUGCAUAAGAUUGGAGUUUAAGAAUUUGCAAUAAGAUAUUGAUAAUCAUUUUUAUUAAAAUUGAUUUUAUUCCUGGAAAUUCAGAUGUUUAAAUGGCUAUCGUGGCUAACAACCUUUUCAUAUAAUGGACUUAAAAUGAUAACCUUAAAAGUUCCUCAUUUUAGUUCAUAGAUUUAUAAGGAAAUGAGCUUUCAACAGGAGUUAUAUCAAGUGAUGCUGAGAUAAAUAGUACUUAAAUAGUUGUUUUGAUGAAAGGAUUUGUUGGAUUUACUUGGACUGUUCUAAAUUAAAAUGGUCAAUGGGGAAUGUCUUAUGCUGUAAUGAACUAAAGUGGGUAAUUUGUUGAUAAAAUUGAGAUUUAAUGUUCUGAAAAUUGUUAAGAAUGCCUUUCUGAGAAAUAAUGUACAUAAUGUUAAACUGGAUUUAUUCUCAAAGACAAUGGCAAUGAAAAAUAUUGUUUUAAGACUAAUUGCUUUUAUUAUGAUUAAAUGGGAAUAUGUUAGGUUUGCAAAGAUUAAUAUUAUUUAUAAAAUGAUUCAUGCAAUUUAAAUGAAAUAUAAGCUAAAGCAAUUCGAAUUAAUUAGCAAACAUCAAAAGGUUUGAUAAAAUAAGAGGGGGCAAAAUUUAGUGAUGGAUCAAUCAUUGUAGUUUGGGCAAGUUAUUUUUAAGAUAGCAAUGACUGGGGAGUGUUUGGUUAAUUAAUUGAUAAUACUGGUGUUAAAAUUGGAGACAAUAUAUAAAUUAAUGCUGAAUCUCAAGGCAUUGAGCAUUCUCCAAAGGUAGCAGUAUUAUAGGAUGAUACUGUUGUAAUAAUUUAUGUUGAUGGAGAUCCUUAAAUGAAUGAAGCAAUUAUAAAGGCUUAAAAAUUUAAUAAGUAAAUGCAAAGAAUUGGAGAUGAAUUUUAAGUUGGUACAAUCCAGUAUUAAUAGGAAAAUUUUAAUGACUUAACAUAAUGGGAAUUGUUAAGCUUAAAAAAUGGAGGAUUUCUUAUUGGAUACCUAACACAGAAAAAUGAAAUUAGACAUUAUAUCUAUCUAAAUUUCUAUGAUUCAUUAAGCAAUUUGGUAGUUUAGUAAUCAAUUGAAGGAUAUUAAAACUUAUUUUAAUUCACUCUUCUUUUAGCUGCCAAUGACAUCAACAUUGCUUUAUUAUAUCGAGAUUAGUAAUUUGGAUUUUCAGUUAAUUUGUAUUCAUUAGAUGGAAAUUUAUUAAAAAAAAAAUAAAUGCUUUAUUUUAUAUAGCAACCUGACGAAUAGCUGGUUCUGGAGUCGACAAAUGGGUUAUAUGCAUUAGGAUAUUUAUCAUUUUUCUAGAAGCGUAGUGCUUAAGUAUAUUUAUUUGAUAAACAAUUCGAAUAAUUAGGAGAUCCUUUAAUUAUUAAAUAUUUUGAUAAUUAAGAACCAAGUAUUUAGAUGAAUGAAUAUGAUGAAGGGUUACUCUUUUAGAUUCAUUUUAGAGAGAAUCAGCAGGAAAUUUAAGAGCUUUACAUCAUAAAGGACUAAUAAUUUUCUUUAUUUAAUAAGUUUUAUAUAGAUGCAUCUCUGUAAUCAACGAGAAUGAUGUUGAAAAAUAGAUACUUUAAGAUCAUUCCAUCCUUGAAUAAGUAAUACUUUAUUUUAUGGAUAAAGGACAAUAAAGUUAUUGAUUUAGAUAAACAUCACCUUUAUUUCUAGCUUUUAUCUUAUGAUUUCUCAAUAAUUGUAAAAGAAUAGAUUGUUUGUCAAUUGAAUUGUUAAAAAUGUUAAGAUUAAACUCAUUGUGAUUAAUGUUUUGAUCAUUAUUCCUACAAUGAAAAUCGAUGCGACCCUAUUUGUGAAAUAGGUUGUGCUAAGUGUUAUUAUCCAUAUUAUUGCACUUAAUGCUAAAAUGGUUACUAUUUAUUUGAAGAAGGAAAAUGCUCUGAACUCCCUAUUUAUUAACCUUAAGUAUUAAUUGAAUAUGAAAUGGGUGACUCUAUAAAUUAACUAAAAACUGUAAAUGAGAAUUAAAAGGUCUUUUUUUCUUUUUUCAGUUAUUAAUUAAAUUUGAAAGUGAUACUUGGAGAUUAAGUAAUAAACAGUUAUUCUAUUAAUUAUUAAAAAUAACAACAGUAUAGAUAGAUGUUCACAUAUUAUGAGGAUGAAAAUGUCAUAUUUAUCUACUAUUUUGAAAAUGAGAUAUAAGUACAAAGAUAUGAUUUAAGUUCAAAUUUAAUUAGUUCAGAUUAUUUAGAUUUUUAAUAGUUUUCAGAAAUUUAGAUUUCAUAUGAUAAUAUUUUGUUAAGGCCAUCUGAGUACAUUUUGUUAGAACCAAUACAGGGUUUCUAAUAUAUUAUUACAUUUUAUGUAGGAACAUAAAUAUUCAAUUCAUAUUUCGUUUACAGCUAAGUUACUUUUUAUUAUGCUAAAUUAGAUUUAGGUUUAUAAAAAGUAGAGAAAUACCUAGAUUAUUUUUACAGAAAUAGAAAGAUUUAGGCCUAUAAUUAUUUAAAGAUAAGGGUAUUUUUUAUUGAGAAAUCAAUAUGGAUAGCAAUAUAAAAUAACAAAAGAUAAAAUAGAAGAAAAAUUUUGUCAUAAUUCUGGAAUAUACGACGUUGA